AGAGGCCAGUUUGUGCUGGGGUUGCAGGGAAUUUCGAGUUGAGGAGCAGCCGUUGCCUAUGUUUUUCCCACUGCUGUUUAAGGUGCUCGCCUGGGGAGGAUCAGAACUGGAUUCUGCGUUUGAAGAACUGCUGCCUCGUCUGCUUGUUCCGUCAUCUUUCAUUCCUCUGUUUCAUGCUAUCCUCGAUUUACCAGCACUCGUUCUGGCUUUGGAGGAUUUUGAGCGUGGGAGUGGGUACAGACCAGGCAUGGCCCCAGCUGGCACCGUCAAAAGCCCUGCCCCAGAGGCACUGCUUGCACUUAUGGAUGUCGCCUACACAGGGUCAAUAAGUGCAGAUGAUGGCAGUGGUGCUGGGAAUGUCACAGCGGCCGGGAGCCUAGAGGCUCGUAGUGCUUUCUUCACCGAGCUUCUCAGGGAUGAGAACGAAGGCCUUGUUGAACAACACUGGUCUCAUCCGGGAAUGGCAAUAGGACUGAAAGCUGCUGCGAGUCAUUCCAAAUCAGGAAGGCUGAAACAUGCAUGUGAUGUCGCGCCUUCUCUGCUCAUGAUCUAUUUCCAGACAGCGAUCCAGCAUGUUUCACAAGCUUUGCUUUGUGCUCUUCUGCCAAUGAUCUUUGCGCGCAUCGUCACUCUUUUCCCAGAUGAGUCGUUUCGUUCGAAGGUGCAUCACCUGUGCAUAGACACCGUGCUGACAGUGUUUGGACGCAUGCCGGAGCUGAUCUGUGUACUGCGGAAACCGAUAAUAAAUGCCAUUGGACAACCAUACACUUCUGCUGCUAAGGAUUAGAAAGGAUUACAUAGGAUUAGAUACAAUUAGGUAGGAUUUGGAUUAGGAUUAGAUAGAAUUAGGAUUUAGGAUCAUACUGGAUUAUAUCAUUUAUAUUGGAUGAGAUUUUGGAUUGGGUUGGGCUGGUUGAGAUUAGGUAGGAUUGUAUUGAACGGAUACCAAAUUGCAAGGAAUAUGAGUGUGAACCAGCUCCGAUAUCAAAUUGCAAGGAAUAUGAGUGUGAACGAUAUACAGAAAACCAAGUUGCGAAAUCACACAGAUGUCUGAGUAGUCGUGUACAAGCAGAGAGCACAACAGCACCGAGAAUCCAUCCAAAUAG